AUGUUUAUUUUUCUGAUAUUUUAAAUUUCAACAAGUAUCUGUUCCUUUGUUCAUUGUCCAAAAUAAAUUCAAUAAGAUUGUGAUGGGUAUUAUCAACCUGUUUGUGCUUAUAGUUUUGAUGAUAAAGUAAUUUAUACUAAAUAAUUAAAUAGAUUACUUAAGAAUUUUGGAACCAUUGUGAGGCAUGUAAAAUUUCUACUACACUUUAUUAUUAUGAAGGUGAAUGUAAAGAAUUAAUCAAUAACAUUGAAACAUAACGUAUGACAAAUGAACAAUAGAAUGUUAUAUAAGAUUGUGAUGAAAAAAUUAGAUAUUUGACUGAUUGUAGUAAUAUAGAGAAUUCAGUUUGUGGUGUAUUUGUUUCUACUGAGAAAUGCACAACUUGUUAAAAGGAAUAUUAUAAUUCUUGUGUUGCUUGUUCAGACUAUAAGGUUGAUUAUUAUUAUGAUGGAUAUUGUAAAAAUGGGUAAAUGUAUUAAAUAUUAUCUUUUUAGAGAAUCAGAAAUUAUUUAUUGUCCUACUGAUAGGCCUUCAAACUGCACUGAAAAUGGAUUAUCAGUUUGUUCUCAAACUACAGCACCUUGUACAACAAGUGAUUGCACAUAGAUAAGCUCAUCAUGGUGUUUUGCAUGUUAAAAUUUAAAAAUUGUUAGUUAUUAUCAAGGCAGCUGCUCAGAAUAUUUAGAGUAUAAUAAUUUUAUUAAAUAUAAAGAUUUACAAAAAAUGUAAAUAUUAUGGAAGAAAUAACUUAAAAAUGUUAAUCUUAUUAACUUUAAACUUGUACUGAAACUGUUCAAUAAGUUUGUGCUACUGAAACUUGUAAUGAUGAUGGAUCAACUUGUUAAAAAACUUAUAAUAAUUCUUGUUAAGCAUGUUAGAAUUCAAAAGUCAUUAGUUACUUACCAUUUUCAUGUUUCUCAUUUAAAUUAACAAUCUUAAGUAUCAUAAUUUAUAUAUUGUUUUGA